UCCACAUGCAAUUACUUCAUAAUACAGAUACGAUAUAUUUUUUCGAAUAAAAAUAUGUAAAUAUAUUUAGCGGCAAAGAGAUUUGAGUAAAUAUAGCAAGAUGUACUGUAAGUUAAUUAGUCUUACGACGAAUUAACUUGUCGUGGAAAGGAAAGGAUGGGAGAUUCGAUUCAUUAAAUAAUAAAUAUUUAGCUGAUAUAUAAAGAAUCAAACUUUUAUUUUCAUAAAAAUGUAAAUGAACAAAGAUUCAUAUCUGUCGAUUUACGCGACUGUUCAAAUUAUGCGCUAGAAAGGCUUUGAACUAAGGGACAUCUGUCUGUGGGUUUGAAAGACACCUAAUCCAGGUACCUGUUCAGGAACAGGCAAUGAAAUGGCAAAGCAAGUGUAUUGUGUACAUUAAUUAAGCGCCGUAUGUUCAAAGAUGAACAUCUUAAAAGCAUCAUUGUAUUAAUACAUAUCAAGCAACAAUAUCGUACAGUAGCGAAGUAUUUUUAAAUAAAUUAUAAAAUGAAGGGUAUUUUAAUCUUCGAUCAUUUAAACGAUGUUCUUUUCACGAAGUGCAAUAAAAAAUUUGCAAAUCAUAUACAAAAACUGGCUAAAAGUCAAGGACUGAUUUCGGAAAACAAGGAUGCAAGUGAUGAAAACUCAAAACUCAAUCCAAAUAUUAUAAUGCAAUUAUUUUCACCUAUUGUGACAUCCCAGCAUAUUAUGGCAUCCCAAUUUGGAAAUUCUUACACUUCGAUGAAGUGCCACGAUGGUACAAACAUGGUAUUUGAUGAAUUUAUGGGAUAUACUUUUAUUUACAUUUCCUUGGAAGACAUUGAACUAAUGAAAAGAACAUUGGGUGUAUGUGUAGCAAUUGUAAGGCACGUUUGUGGACCAGAUGUUGGAAUGUUGAAGGUAAAUAGGCAGAAAGUCUGUUUGGUCUCUUCUUUAUUAGAUGCAUGGGUACAUUUAAGAAAUUGUGAGCAAAGUAUGCUUACAGAAGCCAUAGAACAAUUAUCGAUAAAUACAGACUUGGGUGUAUCGAUAUUAAAAGUGUUACACGAUGCUUCUGAUAAAUUGAAGGCACAAUCUGAGUUUUGCAACGUACACAUUCUGAUUUUGGUGGAACAGAAGUUCCUUUCUUUGUAUUCUAGCAAAAACGCUCGUGAUUUGUACGCUGCUGAUAUAUUACUAAUGAUGCUUAUGUGUUGGGUAGUGAAUCAGAAAAGAAAAGGAAAUUAUGAAGUUGAUACAAAUGAUAAUGAUGACCGCACUGAUAUACUUUUACCUGACAACAGUUCAACCAAGGAUGAACAAGUACCUUUUGGAGCGAAGCUUGCAAACCCUACUUCAGAAGAUAUCACAGACUUAUUUAGAGGAUCAAGAGAAUCUUCCAUCAAUGAAGGUCUAUAUUCUCUAAUGGAUGACGAUUUAUACAGCCAUUUGAUUCUUCUCGGAUCCGAGCAUGAUUGUACUGCUAAUGCGGUUCACAUUUUUGAAUUAGCAGAUGGAAUUAAUCUCGUUAUGAUAAUAGAAAUGGCUAAUCUUGCCACAUCAUCUGGAUUGUACGAUAGUUUUCACUAUUUAAACAUUAUAAACGGUUUGCAACUUCAAAGGGACAUCGAUGAACUGAGACCGGCAUUCGAGAAUUUUGAUUUAGCGAUGAAAAAAGCUUUAGACGGGAUUAAGAAAAAUAGAGCUAAUAUCAGUAACGAUGUCGACAUGUGUCAGAGAAGACUCCAAUCGAAAUGGGAAUUCGUUCGCAAAAAAUAUUUAGAUCUUUUAAAAUCUAGAGACCCAGAGUCUAUUCUUCAAAUUGAAUCCAAUACAUCUGGAUUUACAGAUAAUUUAAAGGAACUAUAUCGAUUAACAUGUUUCGAUAAGAGCUUUUUGAAACAAGGCGUUGACGUGCUCACGACAGUGGGAAAACUCGUUCGUCAGAAAUUAAACGAUUUCAGCGACUUCCUCAAAGUGAAAGCAUUGAAGAACUUUACUCUUGGAUCGAGAAGUUCCCUAACUAUCAACAAAUAUCUAGAAGAGUUUCCCGGGCUUGUGCAUUUCAUCUACAUUGACAGAACUACCCACAGACUAACUGCUCCGACAUUAGACUUCACAAAUCCUGAAACUCUGGCUCUCACAACGAAGAAGAUUUGGAACAUGGUUAAACAAAGUAGAAUGCAUUUGGAAGAAGGACACUUAUCGGUCAUGUGGAAAGAUACGACGUUCAAUUACGCUUACUUUUUAUGGUUCGAGGAUGGUUCUGGAUCUCCGUUAAAAUGCAAGGUUUAUUUAAAUCACAUAAUGAAAAACUUUCCAGUACCAGGUAUAUUUUGUGGAGAUUAUUAUAGGUUUGUAUCGUUAACAUUUAAUAUUUGGUUUUCUUUGUUGCAAGUUUCCAUGUGCUUUGGUUAUCUUUGUAGAAAAUUAGCUGAAAUCUGUUUCCCUAAACUAUCUGCGAACAAAAUCAGGAUAUACGAGCUUUACUGCGUUCAUCUCGGGUUGGCAACAUCAUCGUGCGUUUUGGAACAUUCGCGGAGACUCGCAGCCACGAUUUGGGAAGUCACAGGUGUUCCGAAUAAUCCUGCUGACAUUCUUUAAUAACAUUCCCUUAAAAGUAUUUGUGUACAGAUAUAAAUCGAAGUUCUGUGCUAAUUCGAAAUUCAAAUUAUUUAACAAUACAGUUGAAAAAAAUUGUGAAAUUUGUAAUUAUUUAUAAGUACUUAAUGUAUGUAUUAACUUGAUAUUUAUAAAAGAUUAUAAUGCAAAACAUUUGUAUUUAUUUUAUGUGUUAAAUACUUAAAGAUGUAAUGGCACAAUUUAACAAAAUUUACAUCAAAGAAUAACAUAUACUGUAUAUUUCUCUCCGAGUUAAAUGGGAACUUAGUUAAAUUAGGAAUAUAGAGCACUGUAAAUAUUUAAGAGCAUGUUACAUACGCAUUAAAAACUAUUUAGUAGUUCAGUCUGUAAUGCCUCUCCACUUUAUAAUGCACAUAUUCGUUAAUAUGAACACGGCACGAUAGCAUUUUUUUUCAUCACAUCUCCGUAACAUUAAAAAACAGACCCGUCUUUACAUGUUUCAGACAUGAUCGGUUUACUUAUAUUUUAAAAUAUACGUGUCUUUAUGUAUAAAUAUUUACAAUGCGUACAAGCUAGUGUAAGCGCUCUUAAACCUCUUAUCGCUUUCUUUUCUUUAGCACAAAGUUGCGCUACAAUUUUAAGUAUACUGUUAUAAAGCUUUUAAAGUAAAA